AGCAUAGUGCAUGGUAGAUGCGCAUGAUAGCCAGAUCAAGUUAUUUGACCAUUUUGACGUGGUCAGGUCAUUGGUUCUGUAAUCUGUUUGAGAGGGAGGCGCGGAGAGAGAGAGAGAGGGAGCGAGAAGACAUGAUUGGAAUUGGAAGCCCAAGAUCUCUGCGAUUCUCGUUUCUGUUUUGCUUUAUCCAUCUGCAAUUACUUACAGGCUUGGCAAGUGAACCAUCAAAUUCAGAAAAGGAAAAUAAAGCUGCGAGUCAUGGUACUUCAAGUGGGUCUGUAGGGGUCAAAGUAGCCAUUGUAUGCCUCGGUGUGGUGGCGGUUUUGGGUUUCUGUGUGCUUUUAUUCAAGAUAUGGCAAAAGAAGAAGAGAGAAGAGCAGCAUGCCCGUCUCCUUAAGCUGUUUGAAGAUGAUGAUGAGCUCGAGGUUGAACUUGGUAUUCGGGAUUGAGAUCCUUGUUCAUUUGUGUAUUGGCUGUAUUUUGUCUAUCAUAAUAUUGUUUUCGCUUCUCUGUUAGUAUAGGUCAUUUGAAACUAUAUAAUUGCAAUUUUUCUGCUUUGAAUCUUUAUUGUAUAAUGGUUUGUAGAUCUUAUAUUCUUUGUGCUUAUAGGUGAUCUAAUUCAAGGGAUUGUUGGUUUUCCCAAGAAAUGAGUAUGUCUCUCACUUAGAUUUUCUUA